CGUCAGUUCCUAAGCAACACUAGAACCAAACAGAUAUCCUCGCUCUUCUGUAUUGCCUUUCAUUGUUGCCGCUUCUUGCAAGGCUCAACCACAAGCACCACCACUACAAUCUUAAACACUCCCACGUCACUACUUCCAAUGGAUCCAAAAGGAACCAUUCUCUUCACCACCGUAGGUAGACCUUUGUAUGGUUUUGAUGUCUUCUCCAUCAAAUUACCAUUUAAUUCUCAACACACCGUUGAACACCGCCUCACCGAUUCUUCUUCCAUCAAUUUCAAUGCCCAAUUUGCAAACAACAAAGAUCAAACCGUCGUCUUUAUCUCCGAGCGUUCCGGUGCGCCCCGUAUUUACUUGUCUGGACCUGCCUCAACCGAAACGGAGCAGCUACCAUCCAUACCUAGAAGCUUCUUCCACGACCGGCCCAUCAUAAAAAACGACAAGCUCUACUUCAUUUCAGCUCAUGAACAACCCGGUCAACCCUUCAAGAGCUGGUCCGCACUUUACUCAUCUGAUCUUAAGGGAAGCAAAUUCACCAGAUUGACCCCACAUGGAGAAGUCGAUUACAGUCCUAGUGUUUCUCAUACUGGCAAAUUUAUAGCAGUUGCCUCAUAUGGGUCUCGUCCUUGGGCAGGUGAGUUUCACGAGCUUUAUACGGAUAUAGUUGUCUUUCAAGAAUCCGAUCCGAAUAAGCGCGCAAUUGUCUGUGAACGAGGCGGGUGGCCCACCUGGUCUGGUGACUCCACCAUCUAUUUUCAUCGCCAAAGUGAUGAUGGGUGGUGGAGCAUUUUCCGGGUCGACUUCUCUGAAAAUCAUGAAUUUUCUUGUUUCCCAAAAGCUCCUGUUCGUGUGACUCCACCUGGGGUCCACUGCUUUACCCCGGGGACUUUUCACGAUGGUAAACGACUCGCUGUUGCAACUCGGAGGAAAAACAAGAAUUACAGGCACAUUGAGAUUUUUGAUCUAGAGUCCAAUGUGUUUUACUCUGUGACUGAGUCACUCAACCCGAAUUACCACCACUAUAAUCCGUUUGUCUCCAUUGAUUCUAAAUUUCUGGGUUACCACCGGUUCCGAGGUGAGUCAGCUCAACGUGAAUUAAUUGCUCCACAUCUCGAUCCGGUAAUAUCUCCAAUCAAGGAACUCAAAAUGCUUAGAGUCAAUGGGUCAUUUCCUUCUUUCUCUCCAAACGGUGAUUUGAUCGCAGUGAAUCCCGAUUUUGAACCGCAUAGUGGAGGUGUGAAGAUCAUAAAAUCCGACGGUUCUAAGCGAUGGACUCUCAUAAAAGACCGUAUAGCUUUCUACAACUCGUGGAGUCCCACGGAAAAACACGUCAUAUACACUUCACUGGGUCCAAUCUUUGAGUCCGUGAAGACGACGGUUCAGAUUGCUCGUAUCUCAUUCAGUCCGUCAAACCUAAUCAAUGAUCACGAAGAAAUCCCUUGUGAUGUAAACAUACUCACAAAAGAAGAAACCGGUAAUAACGCCUUUCCUUCGUGCUCGCCAGAUGGCAAGUUCCUCGUGUUUCGCUCUGGCCGGUCCGGUCACAAGAACUUAUACAUACUAGACGCUGUUAACGGAGAGUGUAAUGGCGGUAUCCGUCAGUUAACAGAGGGGCCUUGGAUAGACACAAUGCCAAGUUGGUCACCUAAUGGUGACCUCAUAGCUUUUUCUUCCAACAGACAUGAUCCAGAUAAAGUCAAUGCGUUUAGUAUAUAUGUCAUCAAACCUGACGGCUCUGAUCUCAAGAGAAUUAACGUGGCACGAUCAGACACAGACAGGGAGAGGAUUAAUCACGUGUGCUUUAGUGGAGAUGGAGAAUGGUUGUUGUUUACUGCUAACUUGGGUGGUAUAACAGCUGAGCCAGUGUCGUGGCCCAAUCAUUUUCAGCCGUAUGGAGAUCUGUAUGUAAUGAGGUUGGAUGGGAGUGGGUUAAGAAGGCUGACAUGGAAUGGGUAUGAAAAUGGAACGCCAGCUUGGCACUCUGGGAGUGAGGUGGAUUUGGGGAGAUUGUCAUUGUCUGUUGGGGUUGGGGACAGACUAACGGGCCAAUUUGAUGAGCCACUUUGGAUCUCUUGUGAUAUUGAAUGAAUAAUGCAGUGAUUUCAAUUAAAUUGUAAGACCAUGAUGUUAUGUUAUAUAAUAAGAGUAUGAAUGUUUUUCAUA